AUGGAUGAUACGGAUGAUGGAAUUGGAUCUGAACUAAACACCCCUCGAGAUGAGAAAACCCAAUCACAGGCUCAAGCGUCAGAUACUUCCAUUGACGAUACUGAACCAACGUCGUCACAACCGAUAACGUCAACUCCAAAAUUUUCAUCACAUGCCUCCGCUUCUCGAAGAUUACAGUCACAAAUCUCAAAAUCACCGUUUGCAAUCGAUUUGUCAGCAGUGCAAGAGUCGACUAAUGAAGAGAAUGAAGCGUCAGUGAAUUCAAAUAAGAACUGCAAUUGUGAGAAUGAGGAUGGAAGCGAAGAUAAGAUCGGUGAUUAUUCUGCAUUCGAAUGGGCAUCAGAAGUUGUGUCAAAGCAACUGAAAUUGUUGGAAUUGAGUGAAGAACAAGAGAAAAGCCGUCAACAAAUGGAUUCAAUGCGACAAAUCAGUGCAGACCUACAAGCACGAGUCGGUGCUGCCGAGGAUAUUAUCAAUGAGUUGAACGCGAAACGAAAUGAACUGUUGACAGAACUGGAGCACUAUAAGAAGUUAUCCGAAGAGAAAGAAACAGCUCUAGUGAAAUGCAAACAGGAAUUAUCUUUGGCUGUGAAGAAGAUUGAAACCCUUCAGAAUAUCACCAUUGAAGUGGAAGUCGAUAAGGAAUCAGAUCGAAAGGCAAUCGAAAGUCUGCAAAGUGAAAAUCAGCGUAAUGAAAAAGUCAUUGAUGAGUUGAAGCGAAACGCUGAACAGCGUGAAAAGGAAUUGAUGAGAGAGAAAGAAGCUUUAUUGGCGUCAGCAAAUGAAGAACGUCGCCAGUUGGCGGAAUGGCGUGAAAAGGCAACAAGACUCGAUUCAACAGUGACUAAGCAAGAUGCUCAACUGAAACGUUAUGAAGAGGUGGAAUCACGUCUUGAUGAAACCUCAAAGCAACUGCAUGAUCAACUUAGUAAGGUCGCUGAACUGUCCACGCAACUUAAGGUGCAACGUGAUAUUACUAAAAAAGAUCGUGAUGAAAUCUCUCAUCUUCGAUCCAAACUUGAUGAAAUGAAGAUGCUAUCGAAUUCUGCAAAUGAACGGAUGCAAUCUUCUCAAGAAAUGCAACGUUUAAAGAGUGAAUGUGAAGCACUUCGGAAGGAACUCGAUCAAGAUCGUGUUAUAAAGGCCGAAUGGGCGAUAUUCAAGCGAAAUAACGAUGAGAUGAGAAAUGUUAUAGAUAAACAAGAAAAUGAAUUGGUUGCAUUAAGAGACGCUCUCAGCGAUAAACGAAAACAAUUGGAUGCGUUGGAAGACGAGCGCAAUGAAUUGAAGCGUAAAUGCGCUCAAUUAGAAAUUGAUAUUGAUAAGAAAGACGCUGAUUUCCUUACAUUCCAGACUGGUGCUGAAUUUCAAUAUCAGACAGAAAUGGAGCAACUGCGGGGAGUGAUUCGCGAGAAGGAUGAACGGCUUGAUAGAUUACAUACUCGUAUCGCCGAAUAUGAGUCAUAUCCCGGGAUGGCAUCUUCCGUUUGCGUUCAGUCGAAUACUUCUAAUGAAACGCUGAAUGCAACCGUAUGGGAAUCAAUGCCUGAAGAGAUACGUGAGCAGAUUGAGAUAUUCAAACAGCGUUAUAAAGAACUGGAUGGUGUUAUACAACAAAUGAUGCACAGUUAUGUUCUGAAAGGGAAUGAGUCAAUGAAAAGUCAGCAUUCCAAGAUAAUGGAAGAUAAAAUGACUGAUUGUGAUGGUUUAGCAGCGAUUUAUUCCUCACCAGAUAGAACGCAAUCCGGCAAUGAGUUACCGGCGAUUCGUACUUCAACUGCAUCGAAUAGUGAUACGAUGCUAUCUGAGAAAACCAUUGAAGAUAACGUUGCAAUUCCCCCUGCUGAAGGUAUUGAUCAAAAUGGCAAUAUUCAGUCAUCUAUACCAGCCUUAUUGAGGGCAGUCCGUACGGCACAGGUAAACGGCAAGUUGACUCCGAAUAUUCGUCAACUUUUGGAGCAUCUUCUCAUCGAAUCUUCUCACUCAUCACAAUCAGUUGAGCUUAUCGAUGAAGCGGUGAAUCGUUUCUUUGCUAAUCUGGACCUUGCACUUCGGAAAACGCUCACGACAUCGAAUGAUAAUAGACGUAAAUGUGAAGAACUUCAGAAUGCUAGAGAUGAGGCGCUAGAAGAUCGUCGCGUGCUGACCGAAGAGCUUCGAGCUGCGCAAGAUAGAUAUGCCAUUUAUGAGGCGAAAACGGAAACACUGAGGCUACAGAUAAAGGAAGAAAAUAGAAAAGUGAUCGAUUUGCGAAACCGGGUCGAUCAAUUAACCGAACGUAAUCAAGCGCUUGAUACGAGUAAUGCUGGUUUGAAAGGAAUCAUCCAUGAGCUGCAACUCGAUCUUGAAGAAAAAUCAACUGCGUACCGCAAAGCAACUGAAUAUUUGGAAGAUUUUCGAACUGAACUGGAGAAGAUGGGUGUCUAUGCAGAUCAGCAAAACGAUCGACUAAUAAAGUCAAACAGUGAGAAGGAGGAACUGAAGAGACUACUGAAAGAUCGUGAUAAAGAACUGGAACAUAUUCACGAUCGUCUUCUUGAAAGCAUCAAUCAAUGUACAGCAAGGACGAAUGAUAUGCAGAAAAUAGAGAAGCGUCUAAUAGCAGCACAAUUGCAAAAUGAUACGCUGCAGCGAAAAUACAACAAACGAGAGUUGUUUCUGGAACAAAUGGAAACAUUGUUGAAAGCGAUGAAGCUUAGGAAUGAUUCGUUGAGGGAAGGAAAUCGCUUAAGACAGAACAAAUUCGAUGUGAUGGUAAAAUUUCUGGCGAGAUAUGGAAUUGAUCUGAGUAAAGAUGAAGUUGGAGGGGGAUAUUCAUUAAAAAAUCACUCGUCGUCGAAUAAAGUUGAUGAAGAGCCAGCAAACGUUGAGGAAGAAGAUGAGGAUGAGCAAAACGACGCGAUCAAAAGACAGCCUUCAGAUGGUCUCAUGGAUUCUUUACGUGUUUCGGAGUCAGCUCGCGAACGGCUUUUAGAUCGCCUCGAUCGGUAUACAUCUAAAAUUGAAAAGUGCGAUCGUGAAGGUGAAAUAGAUGAUCUGUUUAUACCGUCAUGGCAUAAUGUCAGUGAAAGAACUUCCUUGAAAUGCGCAUCUGAAAGUAGCGACUCGGCUUCAAAUAAUAGUAAUAAUGAUCCCCCAAUGAUGGAUCCUACUGAAAAUGUGGCCGUCAAAUCAGCUUGA